CCCUAACAUUUGGUAAUGGUAGUUUGGAGUGGUCAGGAAAGGAGUUGAUCAGAGAAUAUGGGGAAGCAACCGGUGAGAAUGAAGGUGGUGGUGUACGCUUUGUCACCGUUCCAGCAGAAGGUGAUGAUGGGUCUAUGGAAAGACUUGCCCACGAAGAUCCACCAUAAGAUCUCUGAGAAUUGGCUCAGUGCAUUCCUUCUCAUCUCUCCUCUUCUUGCCACCUAUACGUAUGCCCAGAAUUACAAAGAGAAAGAGAAGUUGGCUCACAGGUACUGAAGAGAUGUGAAGUACAGUGGCUUUGGUUCAGUGUCUCUUAUGUGAAUAUAGCUGCAACUAUAUAUGUGUCCCUGCAAAACUAUAUUAUAAUUAUAUUUUGUUGUGUUGUAUGGCAAGACCAAGAUAUAUAUACAAAUUAAACUAAAGAAACUCACCUGAGUGUGGAUGUUAAUUUUGCAAUAAAUGUGUAGCUUUCCCCUAAGUAAACAUGGGAUGUUGAUGUUCUGCCCUAUGCUUUAGUUGAUUGAGGGCAGGGCCGGCCUUGAAAAAAAGUAGGUCUAAGACGGUUUUAAUAAA